AUGUAAUAACAAGCAGAAGUUUUAUAAAUAAGUAUGGUAUAGGAGGAAAUCACAAUUAUAGAAUUCCAAACUCUUGAUGGUCCUGAUUAUUAAAUCAGAAUUAAUGAAAACACAAAAAGGAAAUUCGGCUAAGUGAAACUCUUAAAUAAUGAAGAGCGUUUUGUGAAAAUCGAUGAUGAGGCUUAGAAAUUUAAAACAACAGUUUAUAAAAACCUUUAAAAGUUCAUAGAUGCUCAUAGUUCAGAUGAUGAUAAUUAAAAUCACGAAAAAUUACCCUAACUUUCAAAUAAAUUAUAAGAUAUAAUUGAAGAAAGAGAUUAUCUAAUAUUUAAAUCACUUAAAAGAAAAGACCUAUUUGACUUAGCAUGUUUGGCUGAAUUUUUAGUAUAUAAAAUUCUAGCUGAUUUAGUGAUGAAAAUAAUACUCUUUCAUUUAGCUGGGAAAAAUAAAGUAGAGAUAGAUGAAUGGUUAAAUAAAGAGUGA